CCGCUUGACUGCAGCUGCCCACGAGCUGCGAGCUCAGUGCAGUCAGAGCGUUCAGCCCUCUACACAGGGAGCAGUGAAUGGAUUUACUAGUAAAGACUUGAACAUCAGAAAGCUGGUUCCACUGUGACUCUACGCAGCACCGACGCCAACUGACCUGAGUGCAGCCGGACACAUCGAGGUGGAUGAGACCGUGGCAGCCUUUUCCUGUGGCCAGGUUCAAGUACAGCAGACAGGGACAGCCCUCAGCAACAUACUGAACCAUCACAUCCUGGAUCAGCAGCAGCUGUGUUCCAGCAUCAACAACAACAACCCCGACGCCUCUCGACCCACUGCUUCUGGUUUGAAGCCUGUUUCUGUAAAGGCUCCUGCUCCAGCGCUUGGUACUGAAAGGACAAUGCCUGCGGGACCCAGGUGGCAUCUCAUCGCCCUUCUCACGGCCCUCCUGCUUGUCCUGCUGCUCACAUCCGCUGAGACGAAGAGACAGGAGAAGGGCAAGAGUCUCAAAGGGGUACGACAGGAGCUCACACAGGAGAGAAGAAGAGCGGCUGGACGCUACAGCAGAGCAGGUCCUUUGAGGGUUGUUCCGUCUCCUCACUGCUCAGAGUCCACAGAAUCUGGAGAGGUUUUUGUAGACUGUCAGGACCGAGGCCUCACCACCAUUCCCACCUCAGAGACCUGGACCAAGGAGAUCAGGCACCUUACUUUAGCUCGCAAUCAAAUCAAAAUGCUUCAGGACCGGGCCUUUGUUGGAUACGAGAGUUUAACCAGUUUAGAUCUGCAGCAGAACCAGAUCUCAUUGGUGAAGGAAGGAGCCUUCGAGGGCCUGACACGCCUCACAACUCUACUGCUGCAGCACAACCACCUCGGAACCCUUACUGAGGAGACCCUCAUCCCAAUGCCAAACCUACGCUACUUGCGUAUCCAUAACAACCCUUGGAAUUGUGUUUGCCCGAUGGACAGUCUUAUACGAACCCUUCAGGUCCCAAGCAACCGGAAUUUAGGAAAUCAUGCCAGGUGUGCAGAGCCCAUCAGGCUAAAAGGCACCAAACUGAAGCAAAUUGACCCUGAGCUUCUCUGUAAAGAGCCGGACCCGACUAGCGACCCAGCACAUUAUCCAACCGAUUCCCCAAAUGUGUUACAGCCCAUUCCAAUUCGCAAGAAACCCGAUGCAAUAGGAUCUUGCCAUAUUUAUUUUUUCCCCCAAACACGAAUGGACUGCAGCAAACAAGGUCUCACUGAGGUGCCUGCAGGUAUUCCAGAGGAUGUUGUUCAUAUCGAUUUGUCUCAUAAUUCAAUCCGUCAUCUCAAAGUCAAAGAUUUCCAAAGUGCACGGAGCCUCAGAACCCUCAAUCUGAGUAACAACCAAAUGGAGCACAUCGACACAGGUUCCCUGACUGGGCUCCUGCACCUCCGUGAGCUGGACCUGUCUGAUAACAGUCUGCAGUUUAUCCAGUACGGGGUUCUGGAGGACCUUUACUUCCUAUCCCAGCUGAAACUGGGAGGAAACCCCUGGGUCUGUGACUAUAGCAUCCACUACAUGGUGUACUGGCUGCGUCUGCACCCAGGGGUGAGGCACUCUGGCCUGCUGUGCCGCUCCCCUCCUGAACAUACCGGCGAAAGAGUGGAGACGUACGUGAAUUCUUACAACAGAGAAUGCCCAAAGGACAGACAGCAGAGCAAGUCAGAUCAGGAACAAACAGAUCCUGAGCUUUGGAACACGCCGAUGGAGGUCCAAAGGGAGCUGGAGGAGGAGGAGCUGGAGCCGAGCCACUUACGAGCCCCGCAGAAAUACCAGAUCAUCAGACUCUCCUGAUUCAAAUGACUUUAAAACAUUGUGUUUGUUUUCUGUUCUUUUACUUUGUUCCAAUAUCAUAAAAUUGUUUUUUCAGGCAAGGAAACAAUUUUACGUCAGUGUUGUUUUUGCCAACUUACUGACUUUUAUUAUGAUGACAAGUUAAAACAAGCAUAGUGAAACACGGGCAUUGCACAAAAAUGCAUGAAAAAAGAUCCACAAUACUUACUAAUACAUUUUAAAAUGGGCCAAUUUAGAGUUGUACAACCACGUAGGUUGAGAUGAAUCACAAACGGGCGGUAGUUCUGCAAAAUCUGCUUCACUGUGUCGUCUGUUAUCCAUUCUUUCUCCCUAGAGAAGUUUAUCUAACAAGAGCGACCAAACAAACUAUUUUUAGCUUUAAACACUAUUAUUUUGAAUUAAAUACAAGAAUAAAGUGUUAUACGGACCUGA